CUUUGCUUUCAUACCUUGAAAUUCUUUAUUUCUUCCCUUCCCUAUUUUGCAUUCUCCUCUACCCGGCCGUACGUCAAUUAAUGAGCUCUUGCUUCUCUCCUGUUUCAUCUAAUUAAGGUCGGUUUAAUUUGAGAUUGUGCAGGUUAAUUUGGCACAAUUAAAGCAAGAAAACAUGGCAACAAGGGUGAAGGAGAUUGGAGCAAAGGGAAAGGAGAAGAAAGGAAUGACAUCUCCAUCAGCAUCAUCACAUGCAACUCAUCUUGAUAAUGUGUCCCAACAUAAAAGAAGCACCACCACUUCACCAAAGUCAAUCUCAUCAAGUGCUGCUUCUGCAGCCCCAAGUUAUUCAGAAACAAAAUCUUCUGAAGCCAAGAAAAGAAUGCAACCUUCUGUGAUCCCCAAAAGGAAACCAUCCUUGGACAAACCCCCAUCACAUCAUCUUGACAGUCACCCCCCGAAUCCGGCAGGAGAUGAUAAGAAGCCAUAUUUGGCCAGAAGAAGAUCUUUCGACAUGUCGCAUUCGGCUUCCUCCCCUACCUCCCAAGGCCGCCCAACUCAAGGGAAUAAGCCCUCUGUGCCAAGAGCAACAAAGUAUGGCUUGGACAAGCCACAAUCAUCCCAAACCAUGCCAAACAGUGGGGCCAAGGGAAAAGUGUUGAGAUCAAGCUCAUCAGUUGGCAAAUCUUCUUCCAUUACAACCCAUCAUCAAGUCAAGAGUCUUUAUGGCCGAACAACGGCAACCAAUCAGUUACCAAGCAAUAAAACUCGAAAGCAGCUUGGCACCACCUUGUCCUCAAGGCCAAGAAUUAACAAGAAGCAAGAGAGAAUCACAAGCAAUACUAAUCAAGACUCAUCAUCUAUUGCAAAAGAUAAUGUAGCAGAAGACACAGAGGUUUUUACCAAAGCUAUACAACAAGAAAAGGACAAUGUUCUUCUCACAGACGAUGAGGAAUUAGAUGAUCUGACUUCCUAUGAAAAUGGCUCCUUAUUAGACUCAGAAGACAAUUUUGACACGUUCGAGGAAGGAAAUGAUGACCCCGAAGAGAUCACCAAGCUUGAAAGUAUCCAAGAAAGCAAGGAAACUGCCCAAAUAGAAGGAGAUCCACAUGAAGACGAUGAGGAAAACAAAAGCACAACUACAACAGAAACACUUCCAGUCGCCAUUGACACAAAGUUUGCUGAUGAUGAUAUUCCUAUUGAAGAAAACAGUAAUGAGAAGAUCCUACAAGUUUGUGACAACAUUGAAGAAAAGCAAGAAAAAGAAGAACAAACGAUGAAGGAAAUAGACGAUCAUCAGGAUGAUCAAGAGUUAGCUGAAGAAGUUAAGGAAACCAGUGAGAACAAUAAUAAUGUCAUUGAUGCUCCUACUGAAACUACUCAUGAGUUGUCGGAGGUGGUACGAGGAACCAGGAACGAGAAUGUGGUGUCCAACGAUGUGAUUGAGGAGACUGCAAGCAAGCUUCGUGAGCAGAGGAAGAAUAAGGUGAGGGCAUUGGCUGGGGCCUUUGAGACUGUUAUAUCUUUGCAAGAACCCAAGUGAUGGCAUCUACAUGUUAAGAAAACCCAGAAGAGCUUUUUUUAUUUUUAAUUACGAGGCGGCAAUUGUCUAACAACUAAUAAGGGGUUCUGAUAUGUCGUUCAUAUUCAGUUGAAGUGUAACAUUUUUUACAAACAUGAUGAGAUCAAUGCAAACCAACAAUAUUUUUUCAUUAUAAGGGAUGC